ACGAGAGUUCGCAACGUUUUUCCCAACUUACCGAGCCGCUACAAUACCGUUACGAGCGAACGUGCAAAUACCACUGUCCACUAUUGGUGCGAAAGGGAUGAAUAGAGACAGUUAUUUUUGAAUUUUAGGAAGAAUGAGCACUAUGAAAUAUGUAGAUUUUUUCAAAGUAAAAGCUGCAGCGGAAUACAACCAGUGAAUUAGCCCAAGUUAAUGCGGAACCAUAAAUACCGAAAUUUUGACGGCAUAUUGCUAAUAAAAUAAUUUGUAUUGCUGUCGUCACCAUCACCAGCUGCCAUAACAUCAGCAACAACAUCAGCAUCAUCGGCAGCGCAUCAUCAGCGCCCCAUCCCCCGCAUAAUAAUCGUUAAAAAUUGAAAAUUUUAUAUUCCACAACGAUUUCCUCUCUAAAUGCAUCAUUUGUAUCCGUCGUUAAAAGGUGACCAAUUAUGUCCGCUGGGGUUCCAUCCCCAGACCCGCUAUCCGACACGCUGCAAACGUUGCUUUCGUGACUACAAAGAGCAUGGCGGUCGGCGGGGUAUUGAAGAUGUGGCCGUCUCAUCGCCUAACUUAACGGAAGGCGGCAAUUCCAGACCAUCAUCGCGCACGUGGACCUCUACACAGAAUCUGUCGAGUUUUAAUGGCACGGGGAGUAGUAAUGAUAUCGAACUAAAGCGGCGUCCACAAUCAUGGGCCUCCACACCGGACAUCGACGAAGCGGACGAACAGACGACAAAGGCCAACUCGCGUCCCAGUGGUCGUACGCAGCAAAACGAUGUGGACGUGACAUUGAAGUUACCGGUACCUCCACGACGGCAUACAACGGCGCUGGAUAUAAAGGAGGUAGAGGAUUCCACAUCAAAGACAGCAUCCUCAUCUUCUACAUCAUCACCUUCGCGUUCUAGUAUUCCGGAGGAUCUAAUUAUCCUUUCCACAGACAGCCUCGCCGAACGGGUACGUAAAAUGAAUUUGUUGAAGAAACAGCGCCAAAACUCCCGAGAAUCCAGUCGAGAACGUUCCAUACCCAAGAAGAGCGAUGAUAGUGAUAACAAUUCAUCCAGCGAUACUGAGAGUAAAGCGCCACCUGAUCGACCAGAGCGCAGCAAAUCCACCACAUCCAUGGCCGAAGCUGCCACCAAACGCAAUUCGCUGCCCCCGAAGAAAGUUACAACCUCCAGCACAACAUCCGCAACUUCCUCCACUUCAACAACAACUUCCACGACAAGCGCCGGUAUCACACCGAAAGCAGUGAGUACAGCGUCGUCGACAACAAAUGGCGCGCGUACAAAUUCCACAAGUUCAACAGCUAAGUCGUCUACAAGCACUUCCACAACGACCGCCUCAAGGCAACAAAAGGAAGAAGCAAGACGGUUGAAAUCUGCCGAAGAUGUGGAAUUCAUGCUGAAAAUUAAAGAUACCAAGUAUGCGCAUAAAAGACAAACGCACGAUAAUAGUUCCCUUACGACGGAAACGACAGAAACCACUUUGGUGGGUCCGAACGAUAGAGAGCUGCAUGAUGAGCUGAAACGGUUGCGCACCGACUACGAAGCGAUGAAAUUACGUGCAGAGCGCGCCGAACGCGAAAAAAGUGAUAUUUUGUUGCGUCGGCUCGCCUCAAUGGACACCGCAUCGAAUCGGACCGCAGCCUCUGAGGCUUUAGCGUUGCAGCAAAAGGUAAACGAGAUGAAAGACCAAUUGGAAAAAGUAAACGAUGAAAAACGUAAGCUAAAUAUACGCAUGAAAGAGAUCGAAAACAAUCCGAAAGGUGGCGAGUAUGAGUUAAAACGUAAACUACAGGCGGCCGAGCAGUUGUGCGAAGAGCUGAUGGAGGAGAAUCAGGAUGCAAAGAAGGAGAUUAUCAAUUUGCAGGCCGAAAUGGAUGAGCUGCAAGACACCUAUCGCGAUGAUGAGGUGAAGGCGAAAACAAAUCUGCAAAAGGAGCUGGAGAAGAUGACAAAAAAUUGCCGAAUACUCAAUUUCAAACUUAAGAAAUACGAACGUAAGGUUGAGAUAAUGGAACAGGAGAAACAAAACAACUACAAUACAGAUUUAUUGACCAAGGUCAAUAAACUGGAGGAAGAGCUGCGUUUUGCAAACGAACUAACACGUAAAUUACAAGUUGAAGCUGACGAGCUACGCAAUCCGGGCAAAAGAAAGACGCCUAUGUUAGGUAUUAUUGGCAAGUCUACAUCGGCGGACGCAAAUCCACAGCCACCAUUACAAUUAAUGCGCGACUUGCAAGACUCUGUGGAACGUGAAUCGGAUUUGAAGGACCAGCUGAAAUUUGCCGAGGAAGAGGCUGAAAAUUUGAGGAAAAAGGUUGCCCGCUACGAGGAUGAAAAUGAUUCGCUAAUGAUGCAGUUGAAAAAAAUGGCAACACGCUCCAGAACUACACGUAAGCUGAGCCCGAUACCACAUCGUCUGAUGCCUGAAUCGGCGGCUGAACGUGACGAAGGUAUAUCCGAUGAGGACGAUCCCGCCGAGUUACGCAUACUUUUGGAACUGAACGAGCAAGAGGCGGCAAUACUGCGUCAGCGUGUUGACGAUUUGGAGAAAGAAAAUCGUGAAACUAAAAAGCAUGUCAGAGAGCUGCAGGAGAAAGUACAUCAGGCCGAGACGGGAGACAAGAAGUCUUCUCUGCUCUCGUUCAACUCGACACCAACAAAUGCCGCUGAUAAGAAACUUAAAGCACUCACAGAGGAGCUAAUGCAGUUACGUAAAUCACUUUCCGAUAAGGAUCGUACAAUCGAACGCUUGCAGUCGGAGAUUGCGGCUAAAACCGGCUCUGCGCUGCCACAAGAUGUCAAUAUAGAUGCGAAGCGUCAACUGAAAUUGGUCGAACAAGAGGCGUCGGUGUUACGCACGAAAAUCUCGACAUUGGAAAGCGAAAAUGAGAAGUUGCUGAAAGAUAAUAAACGCAUGCAAUUGCAGGCGUUACGCAAGAGUACGUCGUUGGAUAAAAAUGGCGCGAAUGGCGAGGAACUUACAAAAUUGAAGGAAUCACUUGAAAAGAUGGAGUGUGAACGCAAUGAGUUAGAUGCCAAAUUAAAAGUUAUAUUACAGGAAGCUGAAGCGAAACUGCCCAUUCGAGCGCCCAAACGUGUAACAGAUUUGACGCCAAAGAAUCACUUGAAGAAAUGGAUCGAAGAGUUGGAGGAUGAGAUACGCGAAAUGCGUGUGAUAGUAUUGAAUAGUGGAGGCGAUAAGGUAAAGACGCUUGAGACUGAAAAGGCGAGUCUGGAGGAACAGUUGCAGAAAGCCAAACAGCGUUUGUCCAUAGCUGAGGGUGAUAUUGCAAGUUUGAUUAUCAAGUUAAUCAUGAAAAUAAAUUUCAAGGCAGAACCAGAGCUAUCGAGCUACAAUCCGAACGCCAAUGAAUCCGAUAUUAAAAAAGUCGCAACACCCGAAAUGCCUUACUUAGCAGAACCCACAAGCCCAGUUUUUUAA